UCAUAUUAUUAUGUUCUGUUCAUCACCUCGUCUCUCUUGUUUUUAUAUUUCAGGACAGCCAACUGUCCGAUUGCUGCAAUUCUGAAAGCCUUUCAAGUAAGGACAGUUUAGAGAACGAGGACCACAGCACAACAAAUCUACAGUAUUCAUAUUUGCCAUUCCUGCUCGACUCAGAGAAGCCCCAUCCAGACCCGAGAAAGCAAAGUGAUUUGUGUCCGACGUCAGACCUAACUUCUUUCUCAGCCAUGAUGCUUCUUGGUGAUGACUCAGCCCAGUCAAGAAAACAGCAUGAAGCUGAUCAGAAGAAACAAGCGGACUCCGAAGGGUAUAAGAUGCACGUUUCCAAAGCUUCAUGGGGGUUCGCACCUAAAACGCAAACCCAGCCCACUCCGCGCAACUGCAACUUUUUCACUCUUUGUGAACCUGUUAGAGGCCCGGAGCACUUUGAGGUAAACUCACAAAACAGUCCCCGUGACAACGUCAUCGCUACAAACAGAGCGGCCCCCGGCAACGCAGCACUUGACUCUUCAUGUCCUAAACAGGAGGCUCUGUUAGGACUCAGGCAGAACGGGGUCCAUGAUGACAGACGAUUUAAACAUCAGUCAGCUACAGAAAUCCUUUUGUCUGCUCAAAAUGGCAACAGCGAAGACAUUUUGUUCGGGCCUCCCCCAAAGCCCAAUACUUUCUUGAACGAUAGCGCGACGGAUAAUGCAUCACGAGAGGGAAGUCUUCAGCAAACGGGAAAAGAAAACCACAAUCUUUUAUCGCAGAAAGAGCCCAGUGCUUCCAUAAACAACCUCAAUAAGGUGUCAAACUCAGAGCCCGAAACUGAAAAGACCAUGAAUGCAGCAUCGCUGCAGCGCGCAUGCUUGUCGAACAUUCAGUCAGACGCUCUUAAGUGCCUGAAGUGUCCUGAGGAGGAAGCUCAAAACGUGCCUGUUUCUGUGAGGGCCUCUCAUUCGGUGUGUGAAGUCCGGUUCAUUAAAGGAAUCCUCAAAAAGCCGUCCAGAUAUGUGUCAGGAGAUACCACGCGUGUGUUUGGCUCGGGACAUUUGACUUUUGCAAAACAAGUAGCCUUAGCCAUCAGAGAUAGUGUCGAAUUGACGCGGACCAAAACUAAGGGUGUGGAGGGCAACGACGCCGCGAAAAAGAAGCUGCGCUGGUUUGAUGAGGUACAUGUGGAGAAAGAGGACCAAGAGCAGAACACAAAGAAACAGAUGAAGGGCAAGUCUUCCAAUCUCUCUCACUCAAAUAACAACUCCGAGGACCACCAGCUAAGUCUCACUACAGUCUCGGGGGCCUCCAAGCCCGGACCCGGCAUGACCCCUCCAGCCUCCGCCAGUUAUCACUUUACAAAGCAAGCGUGGGCAGAUGUUGGGGUUCAAGUCAGCUUGCCCCAAGAACGUGCAGACGAGGUCAAGGUGCCGCGGAGCAGCACCAGGUCCGGUGGCCCCAGGGUCCCCCGGAGAGAGCGCUCCGGCCGAGCUGGAGGGGGUCCUGUUUCCUUGCGGACUAGAAAGGGCACUGUCAUUCGACCUCAAUCUGCCACCGAGGUGAGUCAGAUUGCCAAAACCCAAGGGAGGAUCAUGCUGCCCCGCCCACCCCCGAGGAUGGAAUGGGAAAAGACGGCGAGCGUGGCUAAGGCUCCAUAUGGCGUGGAUCGUGCCAGUGUCAACUGUAAACAAGCUCUGGCUGAGCAGGCCCCGCACAAGGACGACUCGGGCGGCUUUUUCUCACCUCACACGCGUGACGUAGUGAGAACAGAUAGCACUGUUAUGUACACACCAAUGCCACCCCCGUGCGCCCACUCCGCCUCAAAGGGCAACACGAAGGGCACGCCCAGCUCAGGCCAUCAGGGAACUCAGGGCUGCAGCGGCAGAAGAAGAGGGAUGGUGUGCAAUGACAAAGGCCUCUGUUUAGACUGCACUCCCACGGAUGAGGAGAUCUCACGGCUCUGGCACGGGGUCCGCAGUGCCUUAGCCACCAAGGAGGCAAAAAACAUGCUUCGACAACAGGCCCUGGACGACGAGCGAGUUGUGGGGAAACCCUGCGCGGAUCAGAGCAGACAGUGUCCCGGCUCAGGGAACAGGAGGCUUCCUCCGCCCUCUCAGCCAACAAGACGGACUACGGAGCCAGUCAGACCGUUUUCCAGUACUUACAACAUGGCCUUUCCAUAUGAAGGUGUGGUGAGUGCGGCCCGGUUACACCUGGCCGAAGGACGUGCUGGAGGCUUGCUGGAGGAAUCGGACAUUGUGGCUGCCGUGGAAACAGCCCAAACACAGAGGCCUGGCACAGCACAGCGGCGCUGCCAGCAGCAGGGACUCACGGCCAUUUCAUUGGAAGAGCAGAAAAUUCUCCUCUCUCUAGACAGACUCAACCACCAGCUGUACUGUGAGCACUUUGUAAAGGCUGUUCGGCCAUUAAUAUGUGUCGCCAUUUCAAUACAGAGCAACCACCUGUUCCUCUUUGUAGGUGUGUGGGAACACGUGGGGGGUGAUACCGGUUCGUGUGGUCUCGUACUUAUUGAUGCACCCUCUACGAGGGAAGUGAAAGCCACAAACCAUCACAAGCAUCACGCAUCCUCAGCAAACAGCCGCUCUCGGUACCAGAAGAAAUCCUGAAUUUCGGCGUGGUCCACAGUGGUCUUCUUCUCCCAUCAGUGCAUUAUACCUGUGCUGUCAUACUGUAAUACACACCACUUUAUCAGUAAAAUGAGGUUAGUCCCCUUUAGAACUAUACAUGCCCCCUCGACUAUCUCCAAGAGCUAACAGAUCAGCAGCAGUGGACUGCAGAGGCAGUACAUCCUCUCAGCAGAAUUGGACUAAACAGAGUUUUUAAGUUGGUGAUUUGAAAGUAGUUUUGUAUUUUUUUUUGCCAUCUGCUUGGACGAGAGCACUUUGUUAUGAAAUAACUAUUUGAGCAAACAAAUUAUAAGUGCCUUUGAAAAUAAUACUGGCUUCAAUUUGUUUUUUUAUUCACUGAAAGAAAGCCCUUCUUAUAAUUGUCACAAAAUAUACACUGUAGAUUUGGAUGAGAUUGUUUUUUCUUUUCAAAUGUUUUCUCAUUCUCUAUUUAUUUUAUAUAGUAAAAUCAUAAUUUGAUGGAAGCUACUUUGGUACCAAAAUCGAAAUGAACCCAAUAAAGCUUGUUG